AGAGUCAGGUAGUGAGUUCCAAGCAUUAACAACUCUGUUACAGAAGUCAUAUUUUCUGCAGUCAAGAUUGGAGCGGUUAACAUUAAAUUUAGAUCUGUUGUUUGCUCUUGUAUUAUUGCGAUUGAAGCUGAAGUAGUCUUCAACAGGAAGGACAUUGCAAUAGAUGAUUUUAUGAGUUAAACACAGGUCUUGUCGGAGUCAGUGGAGUUCUAAGUUUUCUAAACCCAGGAUUUCAAGCCUGGUGGUAUAAGGUAUUUUGUUGUUUUCAGAGGAGUGGAGAACAGACCUGUUGAGGAUCAACAGAUCCUCAAAGCCUGCCUUUACAGAGUUAAUCUUUCUGUUAUUUCGCUUCUCAAACUUCUUGGGAAAUCUAUUUUCUCAGCAGAGAUGGUGGCUAAUUAUUAAGAUCCACCACAGGAAAAAAAACCCCAACAAAACAAUGCAAAGAUGUGAGGGAACAAAGAUCUCCCCAGUCUAUCCAAUUUUACAGUGCUAAGAGGAAAAGCAAAAGAAGAGAAAAAAUAUAUAUAUAACAGGGGUCCUACAUUCUCAAGAUUCCCCCCACUCCCAAUGUUUCAGAUUCAAUAAUAGCCAUUGAAGUGGCUUGUUUUCAUUGCAGUCGGAUGAAAAACUCGACAGCUGGACGUGUGCCACCUUAAGGAAAUUCGUGCUGCGUUUGGGCAAAGCGAGGGAUAUCUCAUAGCAACUGGGAUUGUUCUAAAGUAAAACAUUGCCAAGUUGGGCCAGUAACUAAUCAUUCUUUUUUCCUUGCCUCCUGGCAGUUUGCCAUCUGCUCAGCAUUAUACGGUACCCAGGGGUGGGAGGGGAGCAGCGAAAAGCGCUGGAAAGCUUAAUCAUUGAACCAUGCAGAAGGACUGGCUUUACUUCAGCUCUGCUGCUCCAGAGACUCAUCGGAGAAAUGGCUGGGUGGUAGGAUCCUGCCGGCUUCUCAGCGUAUUGAUUCCAGCUUUGGCCCUCAGGAACUUGCUGUCAACACUGAACUACUAGCAAACAUGCUGGCGGUGCACCUUGUGGCCUUUUAUUUCACAAAGCUGAAAGAAGAUCAGAUCAAAAAGGUUGAUCGGUACCUGUACCAGAUGCGCCUUUCUGAUGAUACGUUACAUGAUGUGAUGACUCGCUUCCAAGCAGAGAUGGUGAAAGGUCUUGGAAGAGAUACCAAUCCAACAGCUGCAGUAAAAAUGCUACCAACUUUUGUGAGGUCACUUCCUGAUGGCUCGGAAAAAGGAGAAUUCCUAGCUUUGGAUCUGGGUGGUUCCAAAUUUAAAGUCUUACAUGUUAAAGUAGCUGAAGAAGGGAAACAACAUGUACAAAUGGAGAGUCAAUUCUACCCAACACCUAAAGAAAUCAUACAGGGAAGUGGAACAGAUCUGUUUCAAUAUGUGGCUGACUGCCUUGCAGACUUUAUGGAGACAAAGGACAUAAAAUAUAAGAAAUUACCUCUUGGUUUUACCUUUUCUUUUCCCUGCAAGCAGAAAAAAUUGGAGGAGGGGCUCCUUCUUUCAUGGACAAAACAUUUUAAAGUUCGAGGGGUACAACAGACGGAUGUGGUGAACAAUCUCUGCAAAGCCCUCACGAAGCACAAGGACAUUGAGAUAGAAGUUUUGGCAUUGGUUAACGACACAGUGGGAACAAUGAUGACCUGUGGCUAUGACGACCAGCGAUGUGAAGUUGGUGUCAUUAUUGGAACGGGAACCAACGCUUGCUACAUGGAAGAGAUGAGCAAUAUUGAUCUAGUAGAAGGGGAUGAAGGCCGGAUGUGCAUUAACACCGAAUGGGGAGCCUUUGGAGAUGAUUCAUCUCUGGAAGACAUCAGGACAGAGUUCGACAAGGAGAUUGACUCAGGGUCAAUAAAUCCCGGAAAACAAUUGUUUGAGAAGAUGAUUAGUGGAUUAUAUCUGGGAGAACUGGUCAGGUUUAUCCUUUUAAAAAUGGCAAGAAAAGGCUUGCUUUUCAAUGGAAAGUUAUCCACAGCGCUAUGUACUAAGGGCAAGAUCGAAACAAGACACGUGGCUGCUAUGGAAAAGAAUAAAGAAGGCCUGAGAAACACGGAAGAAAUUCUGAGGGAACUGGGCCUGGAUCCCUCCGAAGACGACUGCAUUGCUGUCCAGCACGUUUGCACAAUUGUUUCGUUUCGUUCGGCCAACCUCUGCGCCACCGCCCUGGCAGCAAUACUGACGCGGCUUCGUGAAAAUAAGAAACUGGCGAGGCUCCGAACCACGGUCGGAAUCGAUGGGACCCUGUACAAGACCCAUCCACAGUAUGCCAAGCGUCUCCAUAAGGUCGUCCGGCGGUUGGUGCCCAAUUGUGAUGUCCGAUUUCUGCUUUCGGAGAGCGGAAGCGGGAAGGGGGCUGCCAUGGUCACCGCUGUGGCUUACAGGCUGCUGUCUCAGCGGAAGCAGAUUAAUGAGGUCUUGGCCCUUUUCAAAUUAACCCGAGAAAAUCUCAUCGAGGUAAGAAACAAAAUGAGAACAGAACUGGAGUACGGCCUGAAGAAAGAAACCCACUCGGCAGCCACUGUGAAAAUGUUGCCAACGUUUGUUUGCGGCACUCCAGAUGGGACAGAAAAGGGAAAAUACUUGGCUCUUGAUCUUGGAGGAACAAAUUUCAGAGUUUUGCUUGUCAAAAUCAGAAGUGGAAGAAACAAAUCGGUUCGGAUAUACAAUAAAAUAUUUGCAAUUCCUUUGGAAAUUAUGCAAGGAACAGGAGAGGAGUUAUUUGAUCACAUUGUCCAAUGCAUUGCGGACUUUUUGGAAUACAUGGGUAUAAAAGGUGCCCGGCUUCCCCUUGGAUUUACCUUUUCUUUCCCCUGCAGGCAAACAAGUAUUGAUAAGGGAGCUCUUGUUGGGUGGACAAAAGGUUUCAAGGCAACCAAUUGCGAAGGGGAGGAUGUUGUUGACUUGCUAAGGGAAGCGAUAAAACGGAGAAAUGAAUUUGAUUUGGAUAUCGUAGCGGUGGUAAAUGACACCGUUGGGACAAUGAUGACGUGUGGUUAUGAAGAUCCAUAUUGUGAGAUUGGACUCAUUGCAGGGACAGGCAGUAACGUGUGCUAUAUGGAAGAAAUGAAACAUAUAGAAAUAAUAGAAGGAGAUGAAGGCAAAAUGUGCAUCAACACAGAAUGGGGAGGAUUUGGUGACAACGGCUGCAUUGAUAAUUUCAGGACAAGAUAUGAUCACGAGGUGGACUCGGGGUCUCUGAAUCCUGGGAAGCAAAAAUAUGAGAAAAUGACCAGUGGAAUGUAUUUGGGUGAAAUAGUGAGACAGAUCUUGAUAGACCUGACUAAGAGAGGACUUCUGUUCAGAGGCCAGAUUUCAGAAUCAUUGAGAAGAAGAGGAAUAUUUGAAACAAAAUACUUGUCUCAGAUUGAAAGCGAUCGCCUGGCCCUGCUUCAAGUGAGAAGAAUCCUGCAACAACUCGGGCUGGAUGGGACGUGUGAUGACAGCAUCAUUGUGAAAGAAGUGUGUGGCUGCGUUUCUAAAAGAGCUGCCCAGCUCUGCGGAGCUGGAUUGGCUGCCGUUGUUGAGAGGAUACGUGACAACAGGAAACUUGAGCACCUCAAAACUACCAUCGGAGUGGACGGUACCUUGUACAAGCUACACCCACACUUUUCUAGGAUUUUGCAAGAAACGGUGAAGGAGCUGGCACCACAAUGUGAUGUAACUUUUAUGCUGUCCGAAGACGGAAGUGGAAAAGGAGCAGCUUUAAUUACAGCAGUGGCUAAACGGAUGCACCAAAUUGCUGAAAAUUAAAUUGAUGUCACAGGCCUGAAUGAGCAAGAAGGAUCAACUAUAAAAAGUUCCUACACACAGUUGUGGCACUGAUCAAGCCAAAAGGGUCCAUUUUUUGCAGCUGAUAACACAGGAUACACAGGAUACAAGCCGUCAUGUCAAAACUGAUGGAGAUUUUGCCUUAUUUGGACUCUGUGUCCUAAGUUGAUAUACAACACCGUACUUUGUAUUUCUUCCUUGUGCCUAACACAAUUCAAAAUAUUAAAGGGCCAUAGGUUUGUUUUAAAGAAAUCAGUUUUCUUUUGAGUAUAUUUAUACAAUCCCUGCUGUAUGUCCUAAUUUAGUAAUUUCUUGAUAAUGUUAAAAUAUCAUUUGUAUUGCAUAAAUACUUAUUGGAGAGUAGGUAUAAUAUACCAUAGCUAUAUAUUGGGAGCCGGUGCUGUUUACCUGCUGCAGUAUUUUUCCCCCCACAGAAUAUGAAGGUUGGAAGGUACCUCAGAGAUCACCUAGUCAAUCCCACUAUCCAAUGGAGGAAUCCACCAUUACAGCAUCUCCAGCAGAUACCCACCCAAGCAAGCAAAAAGGCAAAUGUAUAAAAUGCAAUAA